UUCUUGCUCUUGCUCUUGCUGUACAGAGGGGUGGUUGGGCUCGUGCCCCCUGGCCGUGGCUCGCUCAGCUGUUGAAGGAAAACACUGAAGAAGCAGACAAGAUGGCAGCAAGGCUCUCUCGGUUCCUUCUCUCUGAGCUUCCCGUUAUUCGUUGUCACAGCCGGGGAGUUGGCACAUCAGCGGCAAGAUGUGUGGAUGACUUGACGGUGAAGCAGAGGGAGCCUCAGGACCUCCACCGAACUCUCCAGACCUCUGAGGAAGUGUCCCAUGAGAAGGCUCUAUCGGGCUACAUCACCAUUGACACUCCUAAUGACAUCACAGCCAUCUCGGGUGUGCCUGAGGAGCACAUCAAGACUCGCCGAGUUAUGAUCAAAAUGCCUACCAAGAACGCAAUGCAAUCUGGCACUCACAAUCUCCACCAGUGGAAGAUUACAUUUGAUGAGCGACAGCGUUGGGAAAAUCCCCUCAUGGGCUGGGCCUCCACUGCUGACCCACUCUCAAACUCUGAGGUGAGCUUUGCAUCUCGGGAGGAUGCCAUUGCUUUCUGUGAGAAGAACGGGUGGGAAUGGAUCACAGAGAGCCCUCCGGUGAAGCCGCCUCGCGUCAAGAGCUAUGGAGCCAACUUCUCCUGGAACAAGAGGACCCGUCGCUCAACCAAGUAGUACAUAAGUGGCCCCAGUUGCUCAGUGGGGGAUGGUAGCAUGCUGAGGAAUCAAUUUGAGCUGAGCCCCAUGUGUCAUACAAAAUUGGAAAUGUGUAUCGAGUUAUUUGCUGUUUUAUUGUACAUCUUUUGCAAAAAUAUUUACUUCAAGAAAUAUAUUCAUCUCCAUUCACAAAUUUUGGUUCUCAGUCUUGUGUGAAGGUUACAUGAAAAGUGCAUCUUUCAACACUAAAAUUUUUGUCAUAUGGAAAGAGCAGGUGUGACAUUUUUGUACCCUCACACCCAUAUAGACCAUUAUUAGAACUAAGAUUGGUGAUGCAAUGAAAGAUAUGACAUACAAAACAGAGCUCAGAAGUCAAAAGUAAUGGUUGAUCCUGAAAGAUAUAAUGGAAGCCAUAUAUUUAUGAGUUACUCAAGUAGUAGAAGGGACACACUUGAUUCCAGCAUGUUGAUUGGUUUUCCUUAAGGUUCAUUGUAAAUAUAAUAAAAAAAGGUAAAACAAGCCUU